AUGUCUUCCUCCACUGAUAACAAAGCUCUUCUUUGCGACGUUCUUAAGACACUCUCCGCUGAUAGUGAGGGAUCCAAGGAGGAUUUCUUUUCAAAUACUGUUGGAGAAGAUUUCUACGCUCCAGAAUCGUUUUCACAAUUCUUCGGAGGUGAGUUUUCUGAAGAAGAUCUCAAAAAGGCGAUUGAAAGUCUCCAAGCCGAAAAGAAGAAAAAAUCUGAAAAAUCGAAGAAAAGUCCACCUUCGGAAGAUGAAUCCGAUGAUUCUUUGACUGCCUCUUCCGAUGAAGAAGAUGUCAUCCUUAAAGUCAAGAAGAUGUUGAAGUUCAACUAA